CAGCCCUGUCGGUUUAAACCGGGAGGACACCCAUACCGACUUCUCAAUGCAAAAAAUAAAAGGGUAGCUAGAAGCAGGGGCGAGGGGAACGGAGGUAAAGCGAACGCUGUCGGUCUCUCUCUCUCUCUGGUUUAUAUCACAUGAAUGAAUGAAUUGAGUAGUAAGGGGACACGUACAAGGAAACACGCCUCCGCCUGGACGACCAAACGCGUUUGAUAUUUGACUUGUGUUCAAUGGUACGUGUUUGCAUCUGCCAAAACCAGAGUAGGACGUCUCAUCCCCCGUCAUCUGAAGCACUCCAGAAGGUGUAGCAAGCUGAAAGUCCUCGCGGCGAACAUGGCAACUUUAACGAACGGACAGGUGGACGCCGCGGUGCACGGAGGAGCGGCCAAUACGAACGGGCUCGUGAACGGAAUAAGCCACACUCACAGUCCCGCGAGCUGCGCCACCAUUCCCAUGAAGGACCACGAUGCCAUCAAACUGUUCAUCGGACAGAUACCCCGCAAUCUGGACGAGAAGGACCUCCGGCCGCUCUUCGAGGAAUUUGGCAAGAUCUACGAGCUCACCGUGCUGAAAGACCGCUUUACUGGCAUGCACAAAGGCUGUGCCUUCCUCACAUACUGUGCGAGAGAAUCUGCGCUAAAAGCUCAGACGGCGCUUCAUGAGCAGAAGACACUACCUGGGAUGAACAGGCCAAUCCAGGUGAAGCCAGCUGACAGUGAGAGCAGGGGAGAAGACAGAAAACUGUUUGUGGGUAUGCUGAAUAAGCAGCAGUGUGAGGAUGACGUGCGGCGUCUCUUCGAGUCUUUCGGCAGUAUUGAGGAGUGCACCAUCCUCAGAGGACCUGACGGAAACAGCAAAGGUUGUGCGUUUGUGAAGUACUCCACUCAUGCAGAAGCUCAGGCCGCUAUUAGUGCUUUACACGGCAGCCAAACCAUGCCUGGCGCUUCCUCCAGCCUGGUGGUGAAGUUUGCAGACACAGAUAAGGAACGGACCAUUCGACGCAUGCAGCAGAUGGCCGGUCAGAUGGGCAUCUUCAAUCCCAUGGCCCUGCAGUUUGGAGCGUACGGUGCCUAUGCACAGGUUCAGCAACAGGCAGCGCUGAUGGCAUCGGUGGGUCAGGGUGGUUAUCUCAGCCCGAUGGCUGCUUUCGCUGCCGCACAGAUGCAACACAUGGCCACCAUCAACGGCCUCCCCGGGGCUCCCAUGACCCCAACAUCAGGCGGAAGCACACCCCCUGGCAUCACAGCACCCACAGUGACCAGCAUUCCAUCUCCUAUUAGUGUUAACGGUUUCACAGGCCUGCCUCCUCCUCAAGCCAACGGCCAGGCCCCGGCGGAGGCCAUGUUUACCAACGGCAUCCACCCAUACCCAGUGGUUUUCAUGUCCAGUGCCACAGAGGAAAGCAAACGCCUGUCUCCCGGCUGUAUCCCAGUUUUGCAGGAAGUGGUGUUUAGGGAAGACUCGGAGAAGGGCGGCCUGGGCGUCGCACAGAGAAGUUGUUUUGGGGUUCAGGGAAGCUGCUUCCUGUCGUCUCUCUCAGAAGCUCAGAGUCCCACUGCUGCAGACCCUCUACAGCAGGCCUACGCCGGAGUCCAACAAUAUGCAGCAGCCUUCCCCGCUGCAUAUGGACAGAUCAGCCAGGCCUUUCCCCAGCCACCUCCCAUCAUCCCUCAGCAGCAGAGAGAAGGGCCGGAGGGCUGUAACCUGUUUAUUUAUCACCUCCCUCAGGAGUUUGGGGACGGCGAGCUGAUGCAGAUGUUCCUGCCUUUCGGUAAUGUCAUCUCCUCCAAAGUGUUUGUGGAUCGGGCGACAAACCAAAGUAAAUGCUUUGGUUUUGUGAGUUUUGAUAACCCGGGCAGCGCUCAGGCCGCAAUCCAGUCCAUGAACGGCUUUCAGAUCGGCAUGAAGAGACUCAAAGUGCAGCUGAAGAGGCCAAAGGACGCCAACCGCCCAUAUUAGCCCCGUCCCGAGCCCCAGACACCCCUGACCCUGGGGGUGAAGGCCGCCGCUGCGCACAGGGAAAAGACAGGUUUUGUAGAGCUGGAACACAUGUUGAUAACAUGCCAAAUGUAUUUGAAAUCACAACAGAUCAAGAUCAUUGGGGCUGGGGAUAGA